GAUGUAGCAAGAACAUGAAACCCUGAAAAAGUAAUAAAUAAAUAAAUAAAUAAAAAGGCGAUAUCAUAUGAAAGUAUAAAACUGAGGACACUUAUGGCAGACAUGCGGACAGCCUUCAUGGCUGCUCUGAGGCUGAGGAGAGAGCAAACUCCUGAACACAAGGCGGUUUCUGUUUUUCUUCCUCUCGGCUACUUUUAGGAGUUUGGGCUGAUGGUGAUGAGUGAGGCUUCGCUUAAUUACAGGAAAUAUGAAGGACUACGGCACAUGAAGAAAAUAAUAAUCGGCGAGCAUUUUGCCUGUGAACGCGUUGGUCAGGAGGUUUAUCCUCGCCAUGGCGAAGCAAUACGAUGUCCUUUUCAGACUUCUGCUUUUAGGAGACUCCGGUGUGGGGAAAACCUGUUUAUUGUGCCGGCUCACCGAUAAUGAGUUUCUUUCACCGCACAUUUCUACUAUCGGGGUGGAUUUCAAAAUGAAAACACUAGAAGUCAAUGGAUUCAAAGUGAGAAUACAGAUAUGGGACACAGCAGGACAGGAGAGGUACCAAACUAUUACUAAGCAGUAUUACAGACGAGCACAGGGUAUUUUCAUUGUAUACGACAUCACCAGCUCUGUCUCCUUCCAACAUAUAAUGAAGUGGAUCAGUGAUGUUGAUGAGUAUGCACCACACCUAGUGCAGAAAAUUCUCAUUGGAAACAAAAAUGAUGAGGAGCAUCAAAGACAAGUGACCACUGAGCAGGGGAACAAGCUUGCUAAGUCUUAUGGUAUGGAUUUCUUUGAGACAAGCGCCUUCACCAAUUACAACAUUACUGAGGCGUUCACUCGAAUGACUGAGCUGGUGCUGAAAGCCAACAGGAAGGAGCUGGAUAGCACACUGCCAUCCGACAACGAUGACCUCAACACUACUGAAACAGAGCAGGAGCCUGAAUAUAACACCUGCUCAUGUUAGGGAAGUGAGUAAGCAUAUUACGACCACCAUUUCAACAAUGUCCUUUAUAAAGUAUUUGCUGAAACACUUUAUAUCUAUUUAUCUCUCUCAUUACUACAUCUGCGUAAUCAUUGCUUUGUCUCACUGCUUGACCCUAGGUGCAUGAUCCAUUUGGAAAAUGCACUUCUGGUUGAGUUUCACUAGGAGGCAGUCAUAUGUGAAUCAUUUAUUUGUUCAUAAGUCAACACGGUUGUUGAGCUAAAAUGCAUCAAAUUGCUGAUCUCAUCUAAUUUUGCUAGUUCAGCUUGUGACAUAAGAAGAAAGAGCUCCAUCCUGCCCACACUAACUGGAUAAUGGAUAUGUGCUGACCUCAUUGUGGCACUUAUUACUUGCUUCCUAAAAAGAGACAGACAGAGAGAUUUGGUUUUGGUAUUAAAAUCAUUCAAACAUAAAUUUAGUAUUUGAUUCCAUUGCUAUUGUCCACUAAAGAACUGUAUAAAUAAGUUGUAUAGAUUUCUAUGUGACCUAUGUAAUACUAGUACUCUCUGCAAU